CUCGAUAAGGCAAGUAUUUUUUUUUUAGUUCAUCGCAUUUAAUAUACCAUUCUUACAAGAGAAUUCAUUGCACUAGUGUUAAUAUGGCGCGUUUUCCCAUUCUUAUAGUGAUCACUGUGAUUUUACCAUUAAUUAGCGGACAAUGCACAAUACCAAAAGCUGCUGUGUUAGUUAAAAGACCUGUGUUUCAUUUCACUAUGAAUUUAGCUACAAGACUGGCCCAAGAUAAAGAAAACCAUUUCGUUGCAUCCCCAAUUUCUCAAUGGAUUCUACUCUCAGCGUUGUCAACUGGUGCACUAGAAGAAACUUUAGUCGAAUUGAAGAAAGUCUUAGAACUACAUCCUCAUAAAUGUUUCAAUAGGAAAUAUUGGGAAGUCGUCAACGAUUCUAUGAAUAGUAAUGACAGUAAUGACGUGAUAGUCCAACGAACUCCUCUAGUGGUGAUAGAUCAAUCGUUUUCUCCAUUUAUACCUACAUCAUUCCUCAAAAACUUAAAUGAUACUAAUAUGUGCAAAGUAAUCACUCAAAACUUCGACGAUGGAGACAAAACAGCUAGGGUUAUCAACGAUUUUGUUGUACAAUCAACAAAUGGUAUUCAAGAUUUGAUUAUAUCACCGACAGAUUUGUUUGACACAAAUUUAAUCCUCCUUGACUCGUUAUACUUCAAGGGAUUUUGGAAUCAGGCUUUCUCUUCAGCUAAUACAGACUUUGCAGAUUUCCAUGAUGAAUAUGGAAACAAUAUUGGUAUGGUGCCUUUGAUGUUCACAAACAGCGAAUUCAAUUACUCAAAUAUAGAUCAAAUUAAGGCAACCGUUUUGCAGUUACCUUACGGUGAGAAUAAGGAAUAUUCUAUGCUAAUUUUCUUGCCAUAUGACGGUGUUCUUCUGUCAGCCAUGUUGUACAAAAUCAAAGAUAUAAGUUUGGCGACAGUGUUUCGAAAAUUCGAAAUGGAUGGUCCUCGCACGAUAGACGUGCAAAUACCCAGGUUUGAAAUUUCUUCCGAGCUGGAUAACUUGAAAGAAUUGUUGACCGAUAUGGGGAUAAGAAGUAUAUUUGAUGUUAACGCUAAGUUUGAUGUUGGGGUUGACGUGUAUGUGAAUAAUUUUGUACAGAAAACGAAGAUAGAAGUGACAGAAGAAGGGACGGAAGCGGCAAGCGUGACUGAAGCUGGAUUGGGUUGGAGAUCGCUUGACGAAUCUUUUAUAGCUAAUAGGCCUUUCUUCUUCAUGAUUGUCAAUUCAGAGAAAGAACUGCCCUUAUUUGUAGGUGCAUUCUCAAAGCCUGCUCCAUAUUAAGUUGUGUCCUAGAGUGAGGAUCAUACUAAAUUAAGGGAUUCUGUCUUAUUAAUAACAAUGUUGACCUAAUAAAGUUUUUAUGCACA